AUGGCUAUUGGCACAAUUCUAGCUCCUCUGGCUUUAAUUUUAGCUAGUUUUGCUACUGAACUUUGGCAUGUGUAUCUUUCACAAGGUAUCUUAUUUGGUAUUGGAUCUGCUUUUGUAUUUUCUCCUUCAGUCACACUUCCUUCUCAAUGGUUUACUCAUAAACGAGCUGUUGCAACAGGCAUCGCUGUGAGUGGUUCAGGUUUUGGAGGUGUCUGUUUGUCUCCUAUGACACAAAGAUUAAUUGCGAAUCUAGGCUAUCGUAACGCACUUCGUAUUCAAGGUGCCUUUGGAUUCGGAUUAUUGUGUAUUUCCACUGCUUUAGCUACCUCUCGUUACCGUCCACCAAAAAACGGCAAGAACAAAUGGUACCAUGUCUAUGACCGUUCCUUGAUCUCUCGUCGAUUUUUGUUAUUGUUGGCUUUUAGUUUCUUUGUCCCAUUUGGGUAUGUAGCACCUUUCUUUCUGGCUCCGCAGUAUGUGGGACAUAUUGGAUUGGACGCUUCUGCAGGUGCAGCUAUGAUCUCCGUCAUGUCGGCGGCAAAUGCUAUUUGUCGUAUUACAUUAGGUUAUCUUGCAGAUCGUUUUGGUCGAUUCAAUACUAUGUUUGCAUGCACCUUUUUAGCAGGCUUUUUUACCAUGGUUCUCUGGCAAUUUGCUUCUAAUUAUGCUAUAUUUGCAGUAUACUGUAUCUUCUAUGGACUCACAGCUGGUGGUUUUGUAUCACUGUUACCUGUUACAACGGCUGAUAUUGUGGGUGUCGAGAACAUUCAAAAGGGGCUUGGCAUGGCCUAUAUGACUACCGUCAUUGGUAACUUGCUAGGCACACCUAUCAUUGGCCUCUUAUUGAAAUCAUAUGGCUGGACUGCUGCUAUACAAUUUGCAGGUGCCAUGUCUGUCAUUUCUGCUGCUUUCAUGUUGAUUCUUCGAUUGACUGUUUCUAGAGGUAAACUUCUGAUUAAAGUAUAA